AAUCAAACGUGAGCAAUGAAGGAAUAGAAGAGAAGUAGAAGGUGAGUGUGCAUUUUGUUUUGAGAACAUGGCGGCAGAAACGGGAAGCAACCCUGAACAGAUAGAAGGCUUCUUCAACAAGCUCGACGCUCGGAAAACCCUACUGACCACCAUCACCGACCUCCACAAGACCUUGACCGCCCACUUCACCAACAUAGACAGAGCCCUCUCCAAGAAAUCGGAAACCCUCGACGCCCAAAUCAAAGCGUUCAAGGAGAAGACCGAUGAUGCCCUCCUGAAGCUCCAGAAUCGCGAGGAUGCCCUCCCGGACAGAGAAUCGAGCAUGACUGCUGGCAUCGCGGAGAAGAAGGAUGCUGCCAUUUCGGAGAUUAAUGAGAAUGGUGAGAGUUUGGGGGAUGAUUUAAGCUUGUCUGAAAUGUUGCGGAUUUACUGCACGAGAAUGGAUGCCAGCGGCCUCGUCAGAUUCCUUCACACCAAGCGUAAGGAGUCUGCUGUUUUGAGGACGGAGAUUGCCCCUGCCCUCCACAGCUCUGUGGACCCCAUGAGGUUGAUCUUGGAUGCAGCAGAGGAGUUUGUGGCAAUGAAGGUUGAGGGGAAGAUAAGAAUGGCAGAAAGAAGGUGGGCAUGUGAUACAUUAUUUCAGUCAGUGGUUCCAGUUGUGGAAGGGGAUUAUGGUGCUGGGAGGAGUUUAAAGGAGAGAGCAGCCAGAGUGUUGGAGAAAUGGAAGGGAGUCUUGGGUGGUGGGGACAGGAACAGUGGAGUUGGCGCUGCUGAAGCAACAAUGUUUUUGCAGUUAGUUAUAGCAUUUGCACUAAGAGAAAGGUUUGAGGAGGGGUUUCUAAGGAAGCUGGUGAUGGAGUUUGCUAGCAGGAAAGAUAUGCCUAAACUUGCGGUUGCCUUGGGAUUUGGGAACAAAAUAGCAGAUAUUAUUGAAGAGCUGGUGAAGAGCGGCAAAGAGAUUGAGGCUGUGUAUUUUGCUUCCGAGUCUGGAUUAGCAGAGCAAUUCCCUCCACUCUCACUUCUUAAGGCAUAUCUUAGGAACUGUCGCAGAAAUGCUAAUAACAUUUCAAGGAAGGCAAAAUUUAAUUCAGCUGCCGUGGAAAGAGCCAACAGCUCAGAGCUGGAAGCCACAAAGGCUAUAAUAAAAUGUGUGGAAGACCACAAGCUUGAAGCAGAAUUUUCUUUGGAAGGACUUAGAACACGGGUGACAGAGUUGGAGCAGGCCAAAGCAGAAAAGAAAAAGGGUACAGCUCCUUUGAGCAGCAAGCCUUCAAAAAAGCGGGCUCGUGGAAGUGGUACUGGCAGGAGCAGUGACCCAUCCACCUCCCGGCCUGUUAAAUCUGGAAGAUUGUCGAAUGCUUCUUCUUCUUCUUUCCGCUCAAGGAAUCCUCCUCAAUCACAUCAAGUGCCAGCAGCUAGAUAUUCAGGAGUACCACAUACCUACACCAGCCAGAUUGUAUAUGAGGCACCUAGCACGGUCUCAUAUGCUCCAGCUUAUAGCGGAACUCACACCCAAAGUCCUGUUGCAGUCGCUCCCCAAUAUGGAUAUGCACUUCAAGAAGCUGGAGCUUAUAGCGGAACCCACACCCAGAGUCCGGUUGCACUUCCUCCGCAAUAUGGAUAUGCACAUCAAGAAGCUGGAGUUAGUGGAGCACGGAGUUAUGUUGGGUCAUAUGGAGGGCAGAGUGGUUAUAGCGCGUAUGAUUAUACUCAUGCUGCUCCUGCAUCUGCAUACCCACCUUCAUACCCCCCACAGUAGUACUGCUGACUAGUCAAAAUAUGGCCGGUUGACAGUUGUAGCUGUACCUUUAGCUGUAAACAUGGAUCUAACAAACAUCAUGUGCCUUUUUUUGGUCUAGUGUGUUCUCUCGUAGCAUUACGAUUUGUAGAUUUUAUCAGAAAGGUGUGAAUUACUAA